AUGUCUCGAAAUGGCCAGCAGGCGCUGUCUGCUCGCGGUCUGAUUAGCUCACGCACCAGGACAGCCUCCUGCUCGUUAUUUUGGCUUGCCGAUAUGCAUCCAAAGUUCCACGCUAGCUCCUCCUUCGUCACGUCUAUCUUUUUGCAGUAUCUCGCGAAUGCCGUCCGCGCUUGCUGGGGUGUUAUUGCGUUCGGAUCCGCCCUGGUCCCCGCCCUGUAUCCCAUCUCCUUGCGGUGGCUCCUGUAUGAGUCCCCAUAUGACCAUGGCGACCCGCUCGGGCCGCUGCUGUGGUCCUUCGGGUACCACCAGGCGCUCCUCGAGAUGCAGGCGCGCAGUCCGGACUCGAUUUGCCUUGCGUAA